ACCGCAUUCCCGCUCUCUACAGUCAUGCACACAGUUCGUCUGCGAACGAGUCUCUGGUUGCAUUAGCUAGCCCAAGUCCACAUCAGAAUCAGCCCAGAGAUACAAGACCAUCAAGCUAUUGGGCCACGGGCUCCGUUAACAUUGUGGUGCUUGACCACAUGAGCUUCCGAUCGCUGCAGGACGAGCACUCGGGGCUCUCGGAGUCGCAGCUGGACGUGCUGCACGCGGUCAUCUUGAGCUGCUGCGGGGUCUCGCUGGUCGGUUGUCUGUACAUCCUGCGGCACCACUACGUCUCCGCUCGACUGCACAGUGGUGUCUCAAUGGUGCAGAAGAUGGUGGUCGUGCUCUCGGUGCUGGAUGCGGGUUUAGCCUUCCCAAAGAUGUUCGGAAACCCGUUAACGGACUCUACGAACGUCACUGCGGUUUGCAACGUACAAGCCUUCGCGCUGCAUGUCUUCGGCCUCAUGUCGGUCUUCUGGAAUGCUGCAAUCGCGCAUUGUUUCUAUCGGAAGAUCGUACACAGAGACAGCGAAGCGAGACUCAAGAGCAGGUUUAAACUCUACGUUCUACUGGCCAUCGUGCCUGCUGUGGCCUGCAGCGUGGCGCUCUACGCCGCCAGAAUGUUCGGAGACGCCACGUUCUACUGCUGGGUCGAGUCGCGUGCCAAGCAGUUCUGGGCCUUCUAUCUGUUCGUGGUCAUAGCGAUUCUCUACAUUAGCGUCAUCCUUUGGGUUACGCACAACCGCAUCUCACGAGACUUUCGAGACGCCAAUUUGGACGCUCAAGAGUCCUGGGCACUCAUCACGUCCAAGCUGCGGAUCUACAUUGCUGCCUUUAUUGUGCUAUGGACACCCAGCACGGUAUUUCGACUUUUUGACGAUGAAUUGGGCUCGUCAAGGUUUGCGGUGGCACUUUUGAUGCAAGUGACAGUGUGUACACAGGGCUUGGCGACUGCUAUUAUCUACGGAGGACUGCUCACCAAGCUGUACAGAAUUGUCUCGUGUAAAACGUCCAUCUCUCCAACGCACAAGUUCGUGACUUCUCCGUCGUUCCCGACGAUGGACACGGGCACAGAUCACAGUCUGGUCAAACACUACCGUAAACCUGCCAACAUCUUUGUGUCUACUUUCAACAUGGGUGAAGCCAGACUCACCCCCGCUCAACUGGACAAGUGGAUCCCGCUUGGACACGACAUCUACGUCAUUGGACUCCAGGAAUGUCUGCACUUGACAAACACUCGCAGUUUGAUUCGCCAGCAUCUUGAAGGUGGACGACCACGACCUGCAACCAGUGGACCUGCCCGCAGAGCAUCGAAAUUUCAUCAGUUCAACCGCGAGAUUGGCAGCAAGAACACGUCAUUGGGUUAUCAUGGCCACAUCGCCAUCACCGUGUUCAUCAAGUCCUCAGAUGUGGACAACGGCGCCUUCUACAUGCCCCCAGUGGUGCAACAAGAAGUCAACGUUGGUAAAUCGCUGGUACUGGGUCGAGCAUCCAACAAAGGCGCAGUUGGCUUCGCAUUCCGGUAUUACGACACUUCGUUUGCUUUUGUAGCGUGUCAUUUGUCCUCAGAUCCCAAGGGAAAGUCAAAGGUGCGUCGAAGGAAUCGUGACUCGCAAGAUAUUCUGAAGGAGCUGCAUCUGAAUCUAGAGGACGUGGGCUUCGAGUUCCCGCACGUGCACCACCACAGCUUUGUUCUAGGUGAUCUCAAUUACAGGUUAACACAGCGGGAUGCGACUGCAAACACCAUCCUGGAGCUGGUAUCAAAAGUACGGCAAUGUGAGACGGCAAGACCAGCACCGAUUAAGCGGAAUCGGAGCUUGCGUCGCGGACUCCUGGGCAAACGAUGGAGUCCCAUGGGAAGUCGUGGUCUAAGCAGCUCUUUCGGACUCGGUAGCUCUCUAGGUACCGGCAGUGAUAGAGACAGCAACGAACUGGACGUCAGCAUGUUGGAGCGCAGUGUUAAAAGCACUUCGUCGAUGUUUGCUUCGUCCAAUGGCAGCAGCAACAGCGUUCGAUACUCAGCAGACAAUGAGCUAGUGGACGACGAUCAGUUUGUAUGGGACGACAUACUAGCACAUGAUGAACUGCGGACUGGUAUGCAAGACGGGCAGAUCUUUUACGGCUUCCGAGAGGCCAAGAUUGCCUUCCCGCCUACAUUCCGGCGUGUACGUGGGAAGGCGUUGAACCUCGACGCGGGCAAUUGGCCUAUGGAGGAGCUAUCAGAGUGUUAUACGACCGCCGUAGAAGGCCACGGCAUGCGAGUCCCGUCCUACACAGAUCGAAUCCUGUUCUUCUCCCAGCCAGAUAUGCGUCAUCGACUGCGGUGUGCUGUGUACGCGUCGUGCGAAGAAAUCAAUUGCUCCGAUCACAAGCCCGUGCUCGCAGUGUUCCAAGCUCUUGUAAACCGUGACUUCUUACCGAUUGAGACGGAGCUUGCGAACAAGAAACUACAGCGAAUGCAGGACGUCAGCGGUGUACUCGAGUGUCAGCUACGAAUUGAGUUGAGCAGCAUUUCAUGGCAGCCAGAGACGGAGGCGGACUUCCCUCUUACUUCAUUCGGCAACUCCAUUGAUCUGGACCAGCGAUUCUCGAGCUUUGAUCGCCAUGGACACCAAGUAAUGGUCACGAUCGUCUUCCCACUGCCGUCCGAAGAUAUUUUCUCGGCACAGCGUAAAUUACUUGAGCUGGCGGACUCGAUGAGCGGUGGAGUGUACCUGGAAAACACGGAACGAUUGCUGUGCAAGACCAACGUGGCUCAUGUCAAAUGGAGUGACUUCGUACGCGACGGCAUCACACACACCACGUUCGCACGACCAACAGGCAACAUGCACGUGGCGAUCAAGGUACACGCCGGUACUCAAGGCCCGUGCUUCGGCCAGGGCGUGAUCUGCAUCCCGCAAGCUUCAAACAACGACAGCGACGACGCGUCCGAUGGGAUCCAGAAACUCAACAAUUUUGUCGUGGAACUCGCCGAAGGCGGACGACACACCGGCACAAUGUCGGGCUCCGUGAGUCUGCAGCUCAUGCAGCGCGCCAACGGCGCAUAAAUGACGCGUGUAAGUAAAUUAUUAAAGUUGAUGGGGUAACGUAGUCAGUGGAUUCAAUGUCUAUCGAUCUCAUUCUACCUGAGAUCAGUGCUACAUUCAGUAGUAAGUCUAUAAAGGAGAAACAGAGACUUACAGCUCGUCGCUGAGACCAGCGGCUUCCGCUGUCUCCUUGAUCGUCUCU